AUGAGUGACCCGGUAUUCUGUCAGUUGAAACAUAUACCGUCGAAGAGAGCUGGAGAACAACUUGCUUCUAAUAUCGAAACUUUUGUACGGCCGAAAAAAUUCGAUAGGAAAGGUAUAAGUAAUUGCGGUGAAGAUGGAAAUGGUACAAUUACAUUUACAUUGACACGUGACGAGGCUAAUAAAGUUCGUGAUCAACUUGCACAAGUGCUACCGAAUGAAAAGUCACCUGUUUGGUUUAAUAUUCUUUCGAAUCCUCUUGAUUCACUUAGGCCACGUUCAUUAGUAGCAACUACGACUGAUGUUCAUCAGCAAGGAACAACAUUUUCUGCAUCAUGUCAGUUUGGUUCACUUCGAUCAUACAACCAAUUUUAUUCUCAUGUUUCAUUCAAUGGUCAAGUUGUUCAACUUUCGUUCAUACCAGAUACCCUGCAUAUUGAAUUCGACGAUAAACGUAUUGUUAUUCCAUUUGUUUCAAUUCAGAAAAAGAAUAUUUUAGUUAACAAAGACAACGCAGAAAAUGGAAUCUAUGUUCUACUUCCACUUAAAUAUUCACCGAAUGUUUAUCGAAUGGAACCAAUCAAAGAUGAAGAUAAAACUACUAAAAAUUCAAAUAAGAAACCAGUUCGACUGUGUAGUGAUGAACGAAAUGUUGACUUUAUCAAAGAUAUUUCACAAUGUUCUGAUUUGGUUUUAUAUUUUGAACCACCAAAAGAAAGAGCUUGGGCGUUUCUUUCUUGUUUUCCAAUCGAUCGUCCUGGGCGAUAUCACAUAAAUUUUUCUACUUUCAAAAUAUCGGACUGGUUAAAAGAGUUUAAUAAAAAUCAAAGACCUGAUCCGUUUAGUUAUAGAAAUGCAUCAUUUCAAGAUCGUUAUGCGUUACAAAUGCUUAUUUCACUUGGAUUUGUAUUUCGAGAUAAAUGGGCACAAUUGACUGAUCAAGAACUGAACUGGAAUAGAUGGAAUGUCGACGACCGUUAUACUUUAUGUUGUUAUACGCUGGAACAAUUAAAGAACGAUCAUGGAUAUGAUUUAUCGCGAACUGCCAGAGAUUAUAAUGAAACGAGAAGAAAAGCUCGCGAAGCAGACGUUAAUAUGGAUGAGCAAGCAAUAUUAGUUGAAAAUAAACAGCGACUUAAAGUUGCUGUUUGUACAUUAACACCACUAAAAAUUAUAUUUCAACCACUUGAAGUUACAACUGGAAGUCGAGCUUUAAGAAAUCCUCAGUAA